CGAAUUUACAGAGAAGCCUCAGACUCGCUCCGCCGUCGCCUCCACCUUCGCGCCGCCAUUGCUAGUGGAAGGCAGCCCAAAAUUCACCUUAAGCUCGCGACCUUCAUCACCUAGGUUUGAAGGCGGUCAUUCAGGCUACGUUUUAGGGCGCAAAAUCGACGGGAAUGGUGUUUAGUGGCAGAAAUUUUUGUGCGUGAAUGUGCUUAGGGGGUCGAUAUUAUCUUUGGAGAUCACCUACGGGUAGAGGACCGUACUCGUACCUGUGCCUGCUUCCGCCAAAUAAAUUCUGGACAAGGGACAACACGCGGAUAAUGAAGAGACUGAUGAUAUUUUGGAAUAUCUCAAUUCUGAACUCAACAAAAUCCCAACAGAUCAGAGAACACCAGCCGUCCGUGAAUCUUUAUACCGAUGAGCGCAUGCAGGGAAAAGAAAACGGCGAAUGGCGGUUGAUGUCGCAGCAACCUCUGCCCAAACCAAGACUCAAUUUGCCAGCCAUGUCGACAGUAAAGCCAUGCAAUUACAAAUGAAGGAAUUUUGCAAUGGUAUUGCUGAGGUGAAGGCAGUCUUGUCUGAAAUUAAAGCUAUUAGAGAUGAAGUGACUAUGUACAAGGCAGAAAUUUCUUCGUGGACACCUCCUUCCAUUGGACCAUCUCCAGAAGCCCAGGGAACUACCCAGUUGGCUGGAAGGAGGGGCGAGUCAGCUGGCACUAGUUCACUUGAAUUGAUGACGAUUGGGACACGUGUUCGUUUGCUCUCUCGAGGACUGGAGAAACGUGUGGUCAACGAAGGAGUGAUGCUAAGCCUCCCUACACCAGGUGAUACCCUAGCCAUUGUUAAGGUGUAUGUUACAGCUGUAAUGGUCCCGGAGACCGCACUUAUCCUCCCAACUAAUAUUGGAGCGAAAAUUCUCGGUGAUGUACUCGAUGGAGAUAAUAUCGAGUGGAUUUACCAGGAUUUAGUUCGCCGCCCGUUAUUGCAGCCUCCAUGAUUCUGCACUCGACUAGCUGGGUCAUUGAUAGUAGUAUUUAUGAGUUGCCCUUAAGAUCGUACUUCCUUAUGAUAUCAGAAUUAUCUAUUUACGUAUUACUUUUGGGUUUUGGCGUAUCGUUAUUUAGUAGGUUGUUAUGUUGGUGUAUGUAUUGGUGUUUUGUUGGGAUGUUUUGUUAGCACCGUUGACGACUAAUAUUUUAUUUUUGGCUGGACUAUGAACAUCGUUGUAUUGAUGACCAUGUGUAGUAACAAUUAUG